UGGGGCUGGGAGGCGGGGGCCUAAGUUUCGCGCCAAGUUUGGCGGGGACUCGGUGUAUCCCGAGAGGGCUGGGAAGUGCUGCCUGCCGCUGUCAUGGUUCGUCCGCUGAACUGCAUCGUUGCUGUGUCCCAGAACAUGGGUAUCGGCAAGAAUGGGGACCUGCCCUGGCCUCCGCUCAGGAAUGAAUUCAAGUAUUUCCAGAGAAUGACCACAGCCUCUUCAGUAGAAGGUAAGCAAAAUUUGGUGAUUAUGGGUAGAAAGACCUGGUUCUCCAUUCCAGAGAAGAAUCGACCUUUAAAGGACAGAAUUAAUUUGGUUCUCAGUAGAGAACUCAAGGAACCACCACAAGGAGCUCAUUUUCUUGCCAACAGUCUGGAUGAUGCCUUAAAACUUAUUGAGCAACCAGAAUUAACAAAUAAAGUGGACAUGGUUUGGAUAGUGGGAGGCAGUUCUGUUUAUAAGGAAGCUAUGGACAAGCCAGGCCAUCUUAGAUUAUUUGUGACAAGGAUCAUGCAGGAGUUUGAGAGUGACAUGUUUUUUCCAGAAAUUGAUUUGGAAAAAUAUAAACUUCUUUCAGAAUAUCCAGGUGUUCCUUCUGAUGUCCAGGAGGAGAAAGGCAUUAAGUACAAAUUUGAAGUAUAUGAAAAGAACAAUUAAAAGUGUUUUUUGAUCUAUUUCAAGUUCCCCCUUCCCCCCAAAAUACAUAUUUUUUCUUGUAAA